AUGCCAGCAGCAGCCGCCAAACCGAGUAAAAAUCAGCUUCGAAGGGCUCGGAAAAAGGCUAAGAAAGAUGUCUCAACUGCAGACUCUGAAAAUGUUCCCAGCUCAAAUGAAAUUGACAGCAAGACGGCAGACGAUGUCUCAAAGACAAAAACCCUCGAUGGCGAUAGUUCAUUUGGAACUGAUAUAAACAUGGACGACCCCUUAUGGGGAAUGUUCAAAGAUAUCGCGGGCCGAUUCGAAGGAGGGGACAGCGAAGAAGCAAAAGCAGAGGUGGAAAAGCCUCAGAUCUACUUUGACGACGACAACGAGAUUCCAGACGAAGAAGAAAACGAGCCGAAGAUGUCCAAGAAGAAGAGGAAGGAAAUGACCAAGCUUUCCGUUGCUGAGCUGAAAGCGCUCGUUCAGAAACCAGAUUUGGUUGAGUGGACAGAUACUUCGGCUCCUGACCCUCGGUUACUGGUUCAUAUCAAAGCGCACAGGAAUGUCGUGCCCGUCCCAACACACUGGUCACUGAAGCGAGAAUAUCUUUCGUCCAAACGAGGUAUUGAAAAGGCGGCCUUUUCACUCCCAAAGUUUAUCCAGGAGACUGGCAUAGCCGAGAUGCGUGAUGCGGCACAGGAAAAGCAAGAACAAUCGAGCCUAAAGCAAAAACAACGAGAGCGCGUCGCGCCGAAAAUGGGGCGACUAGAUAUCGACUAUCAAAAGCUUUACGAAGCCUUUUUCCGCUUUCAAACCAAGCCCGAGUUGACGCGAUAUGGGGAGGUUUACUACGAAGGCAAAGAAUACGAAACGAACCUUCGUCAUCUACGGCCAGGUGAGCUUAGCGAUGAGUUGAAAGAAGCUCUCAAUAUCCCACCUGGAGCUCCCCCGCCUUGGUUGAUCAACCAGCAACGCUAUGGACCGCCUCCUUCUUAUCCAGCACUAAAAAUUCCUGGUUUGAAUGCGCCGCCGCCGGCGGGAGCCAUGUGGGGAUACCACCCUGGUGGUUAUGGAAAGCCUCCUGUCGAUGAGCACAAUCGGCCAUUGUAUGGAGGCGAUAUCUUUGGUGUUCUCCAGACUCAGCAAAGUGCCCAACAAGGCGAACCCGUCGAAAAGGACCUGUGGGGCGAACUGCAGCCGCCAGAGGAGGAAAGCGAGGAAGAAAGCGAAGAGGAAGAAGAAGAUGACGAGGAGGCCGAGGAUGAAGAAAUGGGCGAAGGGCUACAGACACCAAGUGGCCUGGAGACUCCAAGCGGAUUUGUAUCUGCUGUGCCGUCAGAAAUCGGGGCUGCUGAAAGUGUUAGCGGGGAGUUCGAUGUCCGAAAACACCACAGAGGAACGGAAACAGAGGACUCCAUACAACCAAAGGCGGCAUACCGUGUCAUUCCAGAGCAAAAAUCCCGUGUGCAGGGCUUCUUUGGUGGCGAUAGAAAAUAUGACCUUAAAGCACCAGACCCAUCGAUCCCAGUUCUGGGCGCGGAAGACCACAGUCGCAAAAGGAAAGGACAGGGCGAUGUGGAUGUGUCGAUGGACCCGGAAAUGCUGCAGAGCAGCGAUGGCAUCAACAAGGAGCAUUUGCAGGGCUUGUAUAAUGAAGAGCGACAGCAAGAACAUUCACAAUGGAACUUCCAGGAGGAUCUCAGCGAUAUGAUUGCGAGCGAGAGCCGGAAGAGGCUCCGCAACCAAGAGGAAAAGCUUUGCUGCAGUAUGAGAUACGACGAGCGGUGGGGUGGUGGCGAGAGUUACAGACCAGCUGGGAGAAUUUCUCGGUCGCGCUCUCGCAGCCGAAUGCGACGCCCUCGCUCUCGCUCACGCUCUCGAAACCGAUCGCCUCGUCUGACUGCUGAUACAUGGGUGCCACAAGGCGGCGGGCGGCAUUUAGGGAGAUACCGCAGCCGAUCGCCGCCAGGGAACAACCUGCGUCGUUCUCGCAGUCCUCCGUAUCGCCAGCGCCAGCGCAUUUUGUCCCCGCCGCGAAAUGGGCGCCCUAGAUCGCCUUAUGGUCCGUCCUGGCGCUCUCGGUCGCCGUAUUCGAAAAAACUGCCUUCUGAUUACCAGCCCUCGCGGUUUGCUGGUGACUCUUCGCGACCCCCAUACCCCCCCAGGUCACCAAGGCGAGAUCAACCUCCCUCGCCACCUGGUAGAUACCGCGACUACCCAUCCCCUUCGCGACCCGCUUCUAUUAGAGAGCGGCCGCCAUAUGGCCGUCCUGUCGGUCGCUCAAAGAGUCCUUAUUAUCGCAAUGAGCAAUACCCUCGAAAUGACUCGAACCCACGGAGAAGGACGCGAUCUCCUGUCAAACCGGGCUUAUCCGACCACCCUUCUUCACAUAAUUCCGCAUCGACUUCACGAAGAUCAUCGCCUCCUACAAAUUUCGAUCGACCUAGCGUGACCCCUUCGCGGCCGAGAAGUCGGUCACCGGUAGAUCUAGCUUCUAGGGCCAAAGCCAAGUCCGUUGAAAGGGCUCCGGUACCUUCUAGCGCGGUCGGAUCGUCUUCACAUUUAAGUUAUGAUAAUGCGAGGAACUCGCCUCUGAAUAGCGCUCAGGAGCGGGCUAUCCCAGAGAGGUCGGAUAAGCCUGUGGCUGACCGUCCUGGGUUAUCGCCUCGUGUUAGUGUUUCUUCAGAAAAGAACGACCACCCGAAGGGACCAGGCUUGUCUGAUCCACGGGGCUCACAGCAGGAGACUGGGCAGUCUACUCAGAAUCGGGCUUCCAGUAUAUCCUUACUAUCUGCUCCAACAAGACCCAAAGGAGCUUCCAAUUUUCACCCCCGUGAUCACCCCCGUGAACCCACAUGGGCGGGACGGCGUGCUCCUCCCCCUCCCCUACAACAGACACCGCCGACUGGGCCUCGGAACCGAUACGUACAAGCCCCGCCAGUUAAUGAUUUACAACGUGGACCAUCCUAUCGACCCAGCAAUGGCCUCUCGGCCCCGCAUCACCAACGCAGCCCAAGACCCAACUACCUUGCGACACUACCCACCGUGGUGGCUGGCGGGAGGCUGUUACCACCGGCAUUCGAUGCCUUGAUUGAGAAGCGGCUGUCGCAGCUUGAGUCGGACGAAGAUAAACUGAUCGACCAAGUACUGGAGAAACAGCGGUCGAAGCGAGUGGGUUUGAAGGACUGGGAUCGGCUGGAACGAGAAAGUGCUUUGAAUGCGCUGAAAAGCGAGCUGGCAGAGAUGCAUCUGCAGCGGAUGACGGAGGGCGAGGGGAUGAAUAUCUUCAGGCUUCUUGCUGAUUUCUCGCACCUGGUGUCCAUCUUGGUGCUGUUGCAGAAGAUGAAAUCGUCAAAUAGCUGUGCUGGACUUUCGUUCAAAUCGCAGGUCCUGUACUUGGCUGUUUUCGUCACGCGUUACCUGGACCUCUUCUGGACUUUCACAGACUCGCUAUAUAAUACUGUUUUCAAGAUCCUCUUCCUCGGUUCCUCCGCGUACACGAUUUACCUGAUGCUCAACGACUACAAGCCGACCCACGACCCAAACACGGAUACAUUUAAAGUGCAAUACCUUGUUGGUUUCAGUACUUUGCUGGCCGUGCUCUUUCCGCAGAACUAUAGUGUUUCCGAGAUUCUGUGGACGUUUUCCAUCUGGCUCGAGUCUGUCGCAAUUCUCCCUCAGCUGUUCAUGCUGCAGCGUACCGGCGAGGCAGAUACCAUCACCACGCAUUACCUCUUCGCGCUAGGUCUUUACAGAGCACUCUACAUUCCAAACUGGAUCUACCGCUACUUUGCCGAGAACCAUUUCCAUGCUAUCCCCGUUCUUGCUGGAAUCAUUCAGACUAUUCUUUACUCGGACUUUUUCUACAUCUACUACACAAAGGUUAUGAAGGGGAAGAAGUUCUCUCUACCAGUUUAA